AUGGGGCGGGGGGCAAACGGGCCGGGAGGCGGCCCUGAUGUGGCAUGGCGCGGGCAAUGGGGGUGGCGGCAGGCCAUCGGCGUAGUGCCACUGGGGGUGCGGCGGGGGGCGGGCGGGGCGGGGGGGGGCGGCCGGGCAAAGGGCGGGCCGGGGGUGCGCAGCGGGGGGGGGGGGGGGGGGUUGGGCGCGGAGGGGCGGCCUUGGGGGCAGGGGGGCGGGCGGGCCAUGGGCGGGGCGGGGGGCCCGGGGCGGCAGCGGGGGGGCAAGGCAAAACACAGGGGGCAUAAAGGGGGGGCCGCCCGGGCUGGGGCAGGGGCACCGGCCCGGGGGCUGCAAGCGGGGCGGGGGCGCGCAACGAGCAGGGGGCUGCGUGGGGGGGGGCGGGCAGGGGGGCAGCAAAGCGCGGGCUGGCAGCGGGCCGCCCAGGAGCGGGGGGCAAAUCCGCGGGGGGGGGGGUGGACCAGAGCAAAAGGGGCAGCGGGGUGGUGGGGGGGGCGCCGCGCAUGGGCGGCAGGCAAACAGGGGGGGGAGUGGGGCGCGCGCCGCAAGGGGGCUAGGCGCGGGGGAGGGCGCGGGGCACCCGGGGGGCGGGCAGCGGCCCCGGGCGGGGGCGGGCGCGGGGGGCCGGCACCAGCACCACGGACGGGGGGGGGGCAAGGUGUGGUCGGGGGGCGCCAAGGGCAGCAGGGGGGGCAAAGGGCAAGGCAGCAGCAGUCGGGGGUGGCAAGCACCGGGGCGGGGGGGGGAGCGCACAAACGGGACGCGGGGCGCGGCGGCGGGCCGGGGGCGGGGUCCCGCAGGAGCCAAGCAGCUCGGGCAACGGGGCGUGGGGAGGCAAAGGGGGGGGGGGGGUGCGCACCGCGGCAACGCACGGGCGGGCGGCCAGGGGGGGCGCGGUUGCGGCCCCACGGAGGGGGUGCGGGCAAAAACGGAGGGGGCUGUCGGCGUGCCGCGGCGGGGCCAACAACUGGCGUUGGCAGGGCAGCGGGGCAGCGGGCCCGAGGCCGGAGGCUGGUGGAGGGGCCGCAGGGGGGGGCAGCGCGCAAACGACCAGCUUACGCCUAA